AAACGACUGUACAGGGAUGGAUCGAUCAAAAGUAGAAGCAGCAGCGCAUGCGGCCGUGCCGUGCAACGUUUGGUUUGAGCGAAAGUGCUCGUCUCGCUUUGAAUAGAAUUGAUUAUGCCCUCUAUCUCUAGCAUGGCUAGCUUUGGUCAAAUGUGACCGUUGUAUACUCUCUCUCCAGCUUCGCAGUAUCCAAUCCUCCAAACCACUGUAGCUUCCUUCAAGCUAUGGCUAUGGUAGUAUUGGUUCGUGGAGAAUCGCGAGCUUGAAGUAGCUCACAGUUUAUAGUUGGAUCGACAGCAAUGAGGAGAUGUAAUGGGCUGCUGCUGAUGAUGGCGCUGGUGAUGGUGGAAUCGGCGGACAUCUUGCUGCAAGAGUUCCAGCAGGGGAGCAUGUCGCUGCUGGGCGAUGCGUUCCUGCGCAACGGGAGCAUCGAGCUGACCAAGGACAGCAGCGGGGGCCUGAGCUCCGGGAGAGCGCUCUUCCCAUCGCCCAUCAGGCUGGUGGACCGGGCGAGCAACGCCACCGCCUCCUUCAACACCUCCUUCACCUUCUCCAUCACCAACACCGACGCUGUCCACUUUGGCGAUGGCCUCGCCUUCAUCUUCGCUCCCAGCAACACCACCCAGGGCGGCCCCGGAGGAUGGCUGGGAUUCCUCUCGGCCUCGGCACCGGCAGGGAGGCCGCCGCCGCCCACCACGCAGCACAGCCUCGCCGUGGAAUUCGACACCUUCCUCAACGUGGAGUUCAUGGAUCCAAACGACAACCACGUCGGCGUGGAUGUGGAUAGCAUGGUGUCGCUCGAGUUCGCGGACGCCGGGUCGGAGCGAGUGGAGCUCAAGAGCGGGCGACCCAUCACGGCGUGGAUCCAGUACGACAGCGGCCGCCAGGAGAUGGAGGUGAGCUUGAGCUACAACGCGGAGCAAAUGCCGCAGAAGCGGCUCUUGUCACUCAGCGUCAACCUGUACGCUGUCCUGGACGAGUACAUGUUCGUUGGAUUCUCGGCCGCCACCGGAGGAAACAUCGAGCUCCACUCGCUCCACUCGUGGCAAUUCUCUAGCUCUGGCCUCGAACAUCUGGAUGAUGCUCGACCUCCAGCUGCGGCAGUGGCGGCUGCUGCUCCUCCGGAUCUUGGCCAGGGAAAUCAACCGGAGCGGGAGACUUCGACGAGAUGCGCUCGCAAGCUUUGCAUGGCUGCCACAACCAGGUUCCUGGCAGUGUCGACGGCGUCCGCCAUAGCUGGAGCAGUGAUAGUGAGCAUGAUCUUGUGGCUGACUUGCAGCAGCAGGGCGACGCGGACGAAUCGCCACGAUCUCGACUUGGGUGGUGGCAGCAAGCCGUCCAAACUCUGCUCGUGCCUUGGGAGUCUCUGUUGUUUCAGGCGUGGGAAGGAAAGAUCUUCAUCCUCGGACGACUUGAACAGCAAGAAGAUGAUCAGCAGGAUAUCGUCGAACUUGCACAGCGGGCCGAGGAGAUUCACGUUCAAGGAGCUGAGCUGCGCCACCAAAGGAUUCAGCCAGGUGCUCGGGUACGGUGCGUUUGGGACGGUCUACAAGGGUCGCCUCCGGUUGCUACCAGUGGACAUGAAGAGCGAGGCACCGACGAGCGAUGAGAUAGUCGAGGUGGAGGUGGCGGUGAAGAGAGCCAACCGCGGGAGCAAGCACGGCCGCGAGGAGUUUAUGUCGGAGCUCUCCAUCAUCGGCUGUCUCCGCCACCGCAACCUUGUCCAGCUCCAAGGCUGGUGCCGCGAGAAGAACGAGCUCCUCCUCGUCUACGACUUCAUGCCCAAUGGAAGCCUGGACAAGCUCCUCUUCGACAAGAGCGCCUCGAGCAGUGCUUUGAAGUGGAGCGUGCGCUUUAAGGUGGUGGUCGGGAUUGGCAGCGCGCUGGCCUAUCUUCACAGCGAGUGGGAGCAGCAAGUCGUGCACCGGGACGUGAAAGCCAGCAACAUCAUGCUCGACGCCAACUUGAAUGCCCGGCUGGGGGACUUCGGCCUGGCGAGGUUGAUGGAGCACGACAGUAGCCCCGAGACGACCAUCACCGCCGGGACCGUCGGCUACCUGGCACCCGAGUAUCUCCACACCGGCAAGGCCACGGACAAGACGGACGUCUUCAGCUUUGGAAUCGUGGCGCUCGAGGUUGCCAGCGGUCGAAGGCCGAUAACCGAGGAGGAAGACAAUGCGACGGAGGAGUCGAGUGGAUCAUCGUCGAGCAGCUCCAGAGUGUUGGUGGACUGGGCGUGGGGACUCCACAGGAAUGGGAAGCUCCUCCAAGCGGCGGAUCCCAAGCUGGGUGGCGAGUUCGAGCAAGUGGAGAUGCUGCUACUGCUCCAGGUGGGAUUGCUUUGCUGCCACCCGGAUCCAACUUCUCGGCCCAGCAUGAAGCAGGCAGUCCAGAUCCUGUGCGGGGAGAUGACGCUUCCGCCAUUGCCCAAGGCUAAGCCCAGGCCAUCGUUUGCGUCGCUUCCACCCGUGAGCAUCGAGGACAUCAUCCAGGAGUGAUAGACACUGCGAGAGAGAAAGAGAUGUAACAAACCAAUUGUUAUAUAUAAACGACGCUACCUGUAGCAUAUUCGUU